UUCGGGUGCUAAGUGACCACGGUAGGCGCGUAUAAAUAACUGAUCGGUACAACGGGAACGGCCCCAGUUGAUCAGUGCCAUCGAAUCGUGAGUGAGUGUAGUGUAGGUUUCGCUGUAGAAGCCUCUUAUUUUCUCUUAUCAAAACCAGUUGUGUCGACGCCAUGUCUAGUGUGCCGAUGUACGUGCGUGAUUGGUGGGACGAUGAUCUGUUCGACAGUCCUCGCAGAGCAUCGCGAUUGAUGGAUCACCACUUUUCCACCGGAUUGUUCUCGGAGGACAUGCAAAGGAUUGCCUCGAACUUUCAUUCGUCAAACUUUCUGCGCUCAUCCCGGCUGGGUGGCAGCUUUCGACGCCCCUCUACGCUAUCGGGCAGCGAGUUCGUGGCACCGAAACAGUUCAGCACGCUGUGCGCAGCCAACCAGCGGCUGCAGAUCACGCUGGACGUGCAACAAUUCGCACCGCAUGAGAUCACCGUUAAAACCGUCAACGGUUCGAUCGUGGUCGAGGGUCAACACGGUGAGAAGCAGGAUGAGCAUGGGUACAUUUCGCGGCACUUUGUCCGUCGCUACAUACUACCGGAUGACCACGAUCCGAAGGACGUCUAUUCGAGCCUCUCGAUGGACGGUAUGCUGACGAUUGUUUCGCCUAGAAAUCCUCCUCCACCACCACCGCCACCUCCUGCGGUACAAAAAUCUCAAGAAGUCAUUUACGAACGAACGAUCCCGGUACAACGCAUCGAAGAACGGACCAUGGAGAGUGUAAGAACGACAUCGGAAAGUGUUAGCAGUGAAAGCAACGGAAAGCAAUGAUAAGCGGCAAGUACCGUUCCAGGUGCCAUGUGACACAGUUAUCGUUCGAUUGCCUUAGGCGUGCGUUUCUAAUGUUCCCUGCAUAAAACGUAUUUGGCCAGAAUUAAAGUGUGUAGCGCAAUAACGACAGCAAGGUGCUAAUUGUGCAAAUUGCAUCCAUGUGCCAACACCAAACAUU